GUUGAUGGGUGUGAUUCCUUGACCUCUAUUGUUUUCUACAUGCUUCUUUCUUGUUCUUUUUGUUGGUAAUUCUAUUGUUUCUAACAAUGAAAGCAAAAGGUAUGUUAAUUGCUGGCAUUGCAGCAUGCAUCUUCCUCUUCAUCUUAUCUUUUACAGAUCCUUCUCAUGAUCCAAAGCUUCAAGUGUUGCCACUCAGCACUGCAACUGGCCCUGAGAGCCUCGCCUUUGACUCGGCCGGAGAAGGCCCUUACACCGGCGUCUCUGAUGGCCGGAUCUUUAAAUAUUUACCGGAACACCAUCAAUGGACUCAGUUUGCAGUUUCUUCAGGCUAUAUGUAUGAAGAGUGUGCAGGAUCAGUAGAUAGUAAGAAAGAAGAUGUAUGUGGGCGUCCAUUAGGCUUGGAAUUCAAUAACAAAACCGGUGAUCUUUUCGUCGCUGAUGCUUAUAAAGGGCUACUAAAGGCCACACAUGAUGAGAGAAUUUUGAAGCCUGUGGUCACAAGUGCAGAAGGUGGAGCUCUCUGCUUCACAAAUGGUUUGGAUAUUGAUCAAAAUUCAGGUGUUAUCUACUUCACUGAUAGCAGCAUAAAAUACCAGAGAAGACAGUAUAUGGAGGUGAUAACAACAGGUGAUAGAACCGGAAGAGUGAUGAAAUAUGAUCCGAAAAGCGAAAAGGUUGAGGUUCUGAUGAAUGGCUCAGCAUUUCCGAAUGGAGUGGCAUUGAGCAGAGAUGGUAGCUUCUUGUUGAUAGCUGAGACAAGUACAUGCAGAAUACUGAAAUAUAAACUCAAAGAGAAGAGUGUUCAAGUGCUUGUAAAGUUACCAGGGUUUCCUGACAACAUAAGGAGGAGUCCAAGAGGAGGUUAUUGGGUGCCAUUGCAUUCAGAGAGGGAAAAGAUGUCUAUUUCUUGUACUAGGAGAAUGGUACCAUGGCUUUCAAUAUUUGAUCUUAAUAAAUUGAGUGAGUUUAUUAUGGGUAGGUGGAGAGAGGAGUUGAUUUUGCUGUGAGAAAUUGGGGAGGAUGGUGAGAUUUUGGAGAUUUUACAAAAGAGGUUUGAGUCUGUUAGUGAAGUUCAUGAGAGAGAUGGGAGGUUGUGGAUUGGUUCUGUUGUUUUGCCUUUUGUUUAUCUUUAUAAGCUUUAGAUUCAGCUUUGUUGUCAUUUUUUUAUUAUUAUUAUUUAUAAAGAUGUGUAAUAUGAAUAAUAU